AUGGUGAGUGAACGAGCACAAAUACAACUGCUAGUGCAAAAUGGCGAAGAUAAAUUAAACAAGUUGAUUAAUGAGAUCAUAGCCAGAUGUACAGUUAUGUCUGAACAAUCAGCAUCCAAUGAGUUUGACAAAAUGAAUACAAUCAUCGAUAAUAUUCAUCAGAAUUUUGAUCCAAAUGAACGUGUUCAGUUAGCUCUUAAACAUAUCUUUACUAACUACAAUAUCUUUGAAAAAGACUGUCUGCCGGAUUAUCAAAAUUAUAUUUUGAAUCAUCUAGAAUGGUUACAGACUGUACGUAACAGUAACCACGACGAGAAACAUAUUCUAGAAGAUCUGCACUCACGUUUCACUGCAUUAGCUUACAGGAUGCAGGAACAUACGUUCAUUCCCGAUCCAAUAAAUCCCUAUUCAACAAAUACAAUUGACAGUCUAGUUCAUCUGAAUAAACAACUAUUAAAACAACGUUUUACUGAAUUUUUAUAUGUUGAUUUAAUAACCGAAAUAGAACUAAAAGAACCUCAGAACAAGAGUACUUCUAGACGACUGUUGAACGCUAUAAUGAAAUGGAAUAGUAUUAGUGCAGAAACGACGACAAAUGAGCAGAGUACAGAAAGUAGAUAUAUACAGGCGAGUGAAUGUUUUCUGAUACUGGCACGGCAGGAAAUUGAAAAUGAAUGGAAAAAACUUCCUAGAGAUCGUAGUAAGAUACGUGAAGAAGAUCAUCUCUAUGUACAAGCUUCGGAAAUGACUGGAAGUGUUCUCCGACUUGUGGUUGAUGGUACACGUACCAAUGUAAAUGGUAAUACAAGUAAAGGAUGGGCCAGAAGUCCUGACUCGAUUUGA